GUUCGAUGGGUUAUCCAGGUGGAGAUAGUACAGGUGUGUCAGGCGAAGCCUUCGCGCGGCUCGCGGGAGGGUGUCGCGGUUCCUGGAAUGGUCUGGGACUUGUGGAGUUUAUGGAGGGUGUGGUGAAGAGGAUUAAAGGGCAGAUGUGGCAGGAGACGGACCUGAGUUAGUGUUUUGGUGUUUUAACUAGUGUGGCUUUCACAUGUUCCUGCGUCGACAAGGGAAGUCAAUUUAUGCUCGACAAACAUAAGGAAUACUCAGAACCGUUGUAACAAUGUUUGAAGGGAAUGAGAUACCGUCCUGCCUCGGAGAAUUCAAGAAUUGUCUGUAGCCAAGAUUUAGUGAAAAAACGUUUGCGUUGUAAUAUACGGUAUAUAAACCAGUGAAUAAUACUUAACAAGUCCGUAUUACAAACACGAAGGAAGGCUUCUGCAGAAGAAAAACUACACACAACAUCUCUGAAUUUAAAACGAAUUCUGUCGACACUUGUGGUCUCAGGGUAGAAAUAAUCGGCGGAAAACAAUUUCAUUGAAUUUAAGGACGGAUUAGAAUCACUGGCGGGACUGUCAAUAAACCAGAUAUUCCCUAUUAUCAGAACCAUCAUCUACACGCCACCAUCAGCCCAGUAUCUACUCCACGCCAGAAACUAGCCAGAACCAGUAUCUACCUCAUGACAGCGGCGUGAUCAUGACUGCUGUUGAAGUCUUAGCAGGCACCACACAAGAACCCGUGGGCAACAUGGGCGCCAUGACCUUUGAAGAUGAACCGGUCUCGUCACCACUGUGUGGGGAGCCCGGUCUCGCCCUUGGCACCAUCGUCGAGGCUAAGGGAGGAUCUACCAGUGGCGAGAGUGAGCUUGAGGCCAUUCUGGAACCACCCGAACCACCACCCCACACGAUCUCCUCUGCCUUGAAGCGGGACCAGACGGUGGAGCUGAGUAUAGUCAGAGAGGCAGCACCCUUGAAGCACCCAGACGUGGAUGGCGGCUGGGCCUGGGUUGUUCUCUUCGCCAUGUUCUGGGUCUUCGCCAUCAACUCAGGACUUCUGUGCACGACGGGAAUGUACUUUGUGCAGAUGUUGGACGAGUUUGGCAACAGUCGCUCCUACACAGCCUGGAUGGGUUCCCUGGUCAAUGCUUUCUUGGAGGUCAGUGGCUCCUCAGAUAUGUAUUUUGUCAAGUCAUUGUCAACCUUUUAUGAUCUGAUUUAAUCUCUCUUACAUGAAGCAUUUUUUUAAGUGCAACUCAGUGAAUGACAUUGUGAGACAACCUUGUUUAUGUUUUUAUAGCAAAUUUGGAUCACCUGAAGAUUAGCCUCCAGUUAUUUCACGUGAUUAAGCACCCUAGAAAGGUUAAGUUAUAUUUUAUUAGAGUGAAGGUGGUUAAUCUUAAGGUGAAAAUCAGUUGGGGCUCAUCUUUAGGUGAUUCCUAAGUUUCUAUACUAAUGGAAUACUACAGUUAAAGGGUGAAUACACACCCCAGACAUAGCUGAAGGCACUGUAGUGUGUAAAGAUGAUAGUUUUAUAUGUGUGAAACAUUUAGGUAGGUUUACCUGCAGGAUGUGUAUAAACCGUGCGCUAAGUCAUGUAAAACACACACACACUGUUUAUAGUAACAUAUGCAUAGACAAUCCUUCAUAUUUUCUACUGCUUACAUAAACAUGUUAUUAUGGUACAGUAUUCCAAUAUACUUCCCCUAGGUCCUGUCAGCUCAAUGUUCAUCCAACGAUGGGGUUGCCGCUUAUCCCUCAUGUUCGGAUCUUUCUUGAUGAUGGUGGGGUACCUGGCCUCUGCGUUCGCCACAUCACUGGAGAUGCUUUUUGUGACUUAUGGUUUGCGUAGGUAAGGCAUGUCUCCAUCCAAGGUGUGGUUGAGAAUCCUCAUGACUUUUUCACCUCCGCCCAUGCCUUUGCUUGUUUGUUUAUUUGGCACAGUUGUCUUAUACAUGUGGAAUAGGCAUGAUAACUGAGUCACAGAGUGUUCAAACCCCCCCUUUGACUUGUUGACCUUGUGACCUUUGUCCUGAUGCUUGUCCUCGUGCAGUCUUUAUUCCAGGCAAAUUAUGGUUGAAGCUUAGGAGUAUCCAAGGCAGGCUGACAGCUAGAAGAUGCUGCCGCAUUUUGCCUCAGGCACGUCACAGCUAUCACAUAGACUGAGGUCACCAGCACAACAACUGCAGCACACCUGCACAUAACCACUCUUGCCCUUUUUUAAUUGUUUACAGCAAUUCAGCAAAAUUCCUGGAAUCAGUAAGAGGUCAGAAGCUUUUUAGAAGAAGAUACCAACUCUUUGCUGAAAAAAACACCAAACUCUUCUGCGCCAUCGCUCACAUGGUGGCAUGAUGAUAAUGAUGAUCAUCAUCAUCAUUAUCAUGAUCUUGAUGAUGAUGAUGAAUCUUGAUGAGGUGGUGA